UUUCACGUUUGGUUCCUCAAUUUGAAUAUCUGUGCUGUGUAAAACUAUUAUCGCUUUGGGAACUCACGUACACAUACCUUCUAUUUAUUUACUCCUCCUCACUCACUCACUCAAUUCAGCACGCUCGUUCGCCCCUGCAAGCAGACCGACAGACAUAAUAUAUAUAUACACUACACUAAAAUGGGAAGAGCACCAAAGCGCACAUUCAAGGACCGCUCCAGCCCGCUGUCCGCCCGGGCAGUCGAAGGUGCCGCAACACGCGUCGAGAGCAAGGAGGAGGUGCCUGCGCUGCUGAAAAAGCUUGUCUCCAGCGAUGCCAACGACAGAGUGUGGGCCGCUGCCAGUGCUAGCAAUUUGCUCAUGUCCGACGACCCGCAGGUCCGCCGCAUGCUACUCUCCAACAACAUUAUUGCCGCGCUGAUCGAGCGGCUCUCAGACUCGGUUCCCGACGUUGUCAUCCAGGCGACCGGCGCCCUGCACAAUCUUGUCGCCGCUGACCAGGGCGCUGCCGAGGAAAUCACACGCAAAAACAUAUUUGCCGCUAUCCAAAGCCUGAUCCCACGCCUAGCCAAAUCAAUCGACGAUAUUAUCAAGGAUAACGAGGAUGGCAAGAAGCUUGACAGCAACGACCGUAAGGCCACCGUGCCCUCUAGCCUCAAGCAGAUCAACGACAUGGCGCUGAUUCCGUUCCUGGUCUCGUUCUUCAACGUUAUCGGCAAGUUGCCGCCAUCGCUGAUCCAGACCGCCGGCCAGUUCCUCUAUACGCUGGCCGACGACAACGUGCACGCCAAGCGUGCCCUGGUCGCACAGCCCAACGCUAUCCAGAACCUGAUGAAGGUUGCCACAACCCAGCAGAGCUUUGAGCUUGUGUCCAACGAAGACGUAGCUGUCAUCCGCAUUCUGGCAGGCGGUAUUCUCUGCAAUGUCAAGUUUGUCAUUUUCGCGCAGCUCGAAAAGACUUAUCAGUACCGCCCAGGAGGGAUCCCCGCCGAUGAAACCAAGCCCUGGGACGACCUUUCGAGAACCCUUCUCCAGGCGAUUUCCACGUCGCGCGCCGAGGCUGUGGCCAACGGCACUGAGACUGUCAGCUCAACAAAGCAAGAGUCUGAGUUGGACCAGCUCAACACGCGGAUGAGCUAUGUGCAGCUGGCGCUCGAGCUUGCUGCAAACAUUUUCACCGAAGAAGGAGCGACAGAGGCCGAUGAGGCUGCGAAUACUCCAAAGGCUGCGGACGAGGACCACGAGAUGGCUGGCGAUAAUGACGACGAAGAAGAGCAUGAUGCCGACGAAGAGUACGCCUCGGCGGCCAGUGGCGACGAGAACGACAGCGACUUUGAGGAUGAGGACCAAAACGACUUUGAUGAGGACGAUAUGGAGGAGCUGCUGGCCGAUGAGAGGACGAUCGCGAAGGAGGCCGAUGAAACCAUUCAGCACUCGAUUCUCGGCAUGUUCCUGAACGUAAUUGUUCCCUCGCUGAGGCUCUUGGCAGAGCCCACCAAGAUGUCGACCCUGGAAACAGCCAUCAAGGAGUGCUCGGUAUCGGAGACUGCCGACGAAGCUUCACUCAAGAUGAUCAUCUCGGUGUCAGAGACAUUUGCCACCCUGCACGAGCGUGCGCUGGGCUGCUUUAACAACUUCUUGCUGGUUAUUGAGGAUUCGCUCAAGUCGUGGUUCCGCCUGCACAGCGACAACGUGGCCGCAUGGUGGGGCUUCCUGAUAGCCGUUGCCGACCACCUGUUUGGCGUCGAGAGCGCCCCGGCAGAGCACUCUGCCACUGACCAGCGACUUCGCUUUGUCAUCCUGGAGCCUGUGGUUGGCUGCAUGUGGACCCUUGCCCGCAGCGUCGGUGGCAACGUGCCAGUCACGCCUGAGCAGAUUGAGGGCCUGAUCCACGUCUGCGAGGCCGCUCCCAGUGCAGAGAUCCGCGUCAAGGCCGUAGGCGUCAUCGGCAACGUUGCGCGCCGCCAGCCCGGCCACAUUGACGCGAACAAGCGCAUCGGUAACUACCUCUUGGAGCAUAUAAUUUCCAAGCCGCUGCUGGCAUUUGCGUCCUCCAAUGGCAACCGCGAGGCCUCGUCUCUGCUAACAGACUCUGACGUUGAGCCCAUUGUCGAGGCACUGGAUCUGUUCUAUGAUAUCUACAGCGAUGCGGACUACGACUACGACGGGCCGGUAUUUGUCACAGGCGACUUCCUGUCCAAGCUGCGCCAGAUGUGCGUGCCCAUGCGCAAGCUGUCUAAGAGCGUCGACCGCCGGAAGAACCGCAGCCUGCGCGACCGCAGCGACCUUGCCCAUGAGAAUUUGCGCGCCUUUAUUGACUACAAGACAUCCGAGCGCAAGGGCCGCUAACUAGUAAUGAAAAUUUGUAGCGUGUUUAUUUAUUUUU